AUGCAAGACCCGUUCACUCAAAAGAAGCAAAAGAUACUAAGCGAGAUCUCAGCUAAUGGCACCGACAACCUCGACGCUUCGCCCAAGGGCACCAUAGACGAGCACUGUCUACCGAUUAUCCAUCUCAUCAACUCGCACCCCGACAUGGUCACCACUUCAUCGUGCAGUGGCCGAGUCUCCGUGUAUCUAGAAGGGACCCAGGACAAAUUGGUGCUGAAAGGGAACGAAGGCAAGUGGAUAUUUGUGACUCAUGAGCCCGCGGAGACUCGCGAUUGGUACAAGACGGUCGAUUUCGAGUACGGGAGCAGGUUUCCUAGCGCGGCUGCGUAUGGCACGAGAGGUAUAUUGUACAAGUUUGAAGCGCUCAUCUUACACGUCAAAUGCCGGGAUCUACAGACGUCGAACCAGUUGUACUCGCUAGCGAUGAGCUGCGGGUUCAGAGAAAGUGGCAUUGGCAGUAAUUUCAACGUGGCCAUUCGCAUCAGUAUUAAGUUGGAUGUGCCGAUUGGUUUUCUUGAUGAGGACACGGGCAAGUAUGCAUGCUUUGUAGGGGAGGAGUACCUUGAGUAUCUCACCAAGUUAUCGUUGGAUCGGUUUGAAGAGAAUUUCAGAAAGUUGAAGCAGUUGUACGAUGCGAUUGAAAAGUAUGUAGCUGGAAGCGAUGGUGCAGGGGCAACACUGGAGAACAAACCGAAGGAUCGGCCAACCUGGGAAAGCAAAGAAGAAAGACGAGAACGGAUGAUGAAGGAAGGAUUGAAACGACGAGAAGAAUUGAGGAGAGAUUGA